GCAUCACGGUGGUUUCUGAGGCCAGGGGAUACUGGGGGACCUGCGGAGGGUCCCGGCCGGUGGCUCCAGUCGCCCGAGCGAAGUUUCGAACCUGAGGCCGAAGCCGGAGCCGGCGGCCAAGGAUGACCACGCUCACGCGCCAAGACCUCAACUUUGGCCAAGUGGUGGCCGACGUGCUCUCCGAGUUCCUGGAGGUGGCCGUGCACCUGAUCCUCUACGUGCGCGAGGUCUACCCAGUGGGCAUCUUCCAGAAGCGCAAGAAGUACAACGUGCCAGUUCAGAUGUCCUGUCACCCGGAGCUGAACCAGUACAUUCAGGACACACUUCACUGCGUCAAACCACUCCUGGAGAAGAAUGAUGUGGAGAAGGUAGUGGUGGUGAUUUUGGAUAAGGAACACCGUCCAGUGGAGAAGUUUGUCUUUGAGAUCACUCAGCCGCCCUUGCUGUCCAUCAGUUCAGACUCCUUACUGUCUCAUGUGGAGCAGCUGCUGCGAGCCUUCAUCCUGAAGAUUAGUGUGUGUGACGCUGUCCUGGACCACAACCCUCCAGGCUGCACAUUCACAGUCCUUGUGCACACAAGAGAAGCUGCCACUCGAAACAUGGAGAAGAUACAGGUCAUCAAGGAUUUCCCGUGGAUUCUGGCAGAUGAACAGGAUGUCCACAUGCAUGACCCCCGGCUGAUACCCCUAAAAACCAUGACGUCAGACAUUUUAAAGAUGCAGCUCUACGUGGAAGAGCGAGCUCAUAAAAACAGCUGAGGGCGUGCCUGCCACCUGAUGCCCAGCUGUCCCACUCUGGGGCCCCAGCCCAGGGCGGUGCUGCAGGGCCCCCUGACUCCAAGUGCUCUUAUCGCCUUGACAUGUGGCCGCCCCUCUGGUUGGGCUGCUCAGUCCUGCCUGCCUCGCUGAGGCAGCCUUCCCAGGAGGCCAGGGAAGAACGCCAGGACAGACACUGUUUCUCAGCAGCCUCCCGGGGCUCCGCCGGCCAACACUGUCCAUCUGAAUACUGUGCUGUGAGUUAUCGUUAAUAAAGGGGCCCCAAAGGGC